AUGGAUGAUGCGCAAUGGUGGAGAGGAUUGUCGUUGGUUGAUGGUGGACGCUUGGUGAUGGAGACAGUGGGCGAUGGUCGGCGCUGGCAUGUGUUUCUCCGAAUUGUAGAUGCGCUCAGCAAUCAUGAUGAUUACUUUCAAAUGAAGGUUAAUGCACUGCAACAAAAAGGCCUAUCUCCAUUGCAGAAAUGCACAACUGCUCUUCGUAUAUUGGCUUAUGGCUCGCUUGCUGACGGUGUGGAUGAAUAUGUUCGAAUUGGUGAAACAACUAUAGUGGAAUGCUUAGAGCGAUUUGUAUCAGGCAUUUGCACCAUAUUUGGGAAUAAGUACUUGAGAAGACCAAAUAAUGAAGACAUCGAACGACUACUACAAAUAGGAGUGGCACGCGGAUUUUCAGGUAUUUUAGGUUCUAUUGAUUGUAUGCACUGGGAAUGA